UUCAAACCACAGCGUGAAAUAAUAUCAGUCCACUCCGGUCAAAGUGGAGUCCAGAUUGGCAAUGCCUGCUGGGAGUUGUACUGUCUGGAGCACGGAAUCCAACCGGAUGGGCUGAUGCCAAUAGACAAAAUAUUUGCAGGCGGAGACGACUCCUUCAAUACCUUCUUCAGCGAGACAGGCUCAGGCAAGCACGUGCCGAGGGCAGUUUUUGUCGAUCUGGAACCAACAGUUAUCGACGAAGUCCGAACGGGUGCAUACCGCUAUCUGUUUCAUCCGGAAGAAUUCAUUACUGGAAAAGAAGACGCCGCCAACAACUACGGCCGUGGUCACUACACAGUGAGGAAAGAAAUUUUGGAUCUCGUCCUGGAUCGCAUCAGGAAACUGGCGGACAUGUGUUCGGGUCUACAAGGCUUUCUCAUCUUCCGUAGUUUUGGAGGAGGGACUGGAUCAGGAUUCACUUCUCUGCUCCUGGAAAACCUAUCCGUAGACUAUGGCAAAAAGUCCAAGCUGGAGUUUGGAGUCUAUCCUGCUCCACAGAUAGCUACAGCGGUGGUUGAGCCGUACAACACUAUUUUGACCACGCACAGCACGCUAGAGCACUGUGACUGUGGCUUCGUGAUGGACAACGAGGCCAUGUAUGACGUAUGCCGCCGUAACCUGGACAUCGAGCGUCCAACUUACACCAACCUUAACCGCCUCUUGAGUCAGUGCGUGUCCUCCAUCACCGCCUCCUUGCGAUUCGACUGCGCCCUCAACGUCGACUUGAUCGAGUUCCAGACCAACCUCGUGCCGUACCCCCGUAUCCACUUCCCCCUCGUGUGCUUUGCUCCCAUCAUCUCUGCGGAGAAGGCCUACCACGAGCAAUUAACCGCUGCCGAGAUCACCAACUCUGCAUUUGAGCCGGCCAACCAGAUGGUGAAGUGUGACCCUCGCCACGGCAAGUACAUGGCCUGCUGCAUGCUGUAUCGCGGUGACAUCGUGCCCAAAGAUGUCAACGCCGCCAUCGCCAAUAUCAAGACCAAACGCUCCAUCCAGUUUGUGGACUGGUGUCCUACAGGCUUUAAGGUGAGGAUCAACUACCAGCCUCCAACAGUGAUGCCGGGUGGAGACCUGGCCAAAGUGCAGCGUGCUCUGUGCAUGCUUAGCAACACCACCGCCAUUGCCGAGGCCUGGGCCCGUCUGGACCACAAGUUCGACCUGAUGUACGCCAAACGGGCCUUCGUGCACUGGUACGUGGGCGAAGGCAUGGAGGAGGGUGAGUUCUCCGAGGCACGUGAAGAUCUGGCGGCCCUGGAGAAAGACUACGAGGAGGUCGGCAUGGACAGCGCGGAAGGGGAGGAAGAAGGUCAAGACGAGUACUAAAUGAGUCAGUGGAGGUUGAUGAAGAAGGGGAAGCAAAAGAAGAAUUAUGAGUUAAGUCCUCCUUAACUUGCUUGAACGUUAUUACAAGAGGUGCGAUUUAGGCUUUUAGGACGGUGCGACGCAGUAUGCUUGGUGAGGAAUGUCCCUGACUUUUUAAGAGACUUUUAAUUAAAUCUCAUGACUGUAAGGCGAUACCAUGUGGGCUGUAAUUAAGUGUAGCCCCACGUAUUGCACACACACACACACACUGCCAUUUUUUGACAUUUUGUCAAUGAAAGGAAAAAAAUACCUCAAGUGAUGUUAUGUCUGAGGGUAUUUGCGCUAGACGUUUUCAAAACAUUGUCAUCUUUCGACUUCAAACUACAAAUGAGAACAUUUUUGAUAACUUUUUAUAGCAUUUUGCUAGCUAUUUAUUUAUUAUACAAAGUACUAUAUUUCGUAAACAGAGAGAUUUUCCCUGUUUACUGUUUUUAUAAAAGAUAUCACUAUAUUGAAAUAAAGUAUAAAAUCAGUCAUUUUUGCUAUC